AGCUGAGUGGAUUUCCUGGUUGUGAAAUCUCCUGCCCAUUUGUCCCUCAGCCAGCCUGGGGCUGGCACCCCUUUAUCAGAGCAGGAGAAACUGUGUGCAUGUGCCCUGGAACGCGUGUCUGUGAGUGUGCCUGAGUGUGUGUGCUCCUGAACUCUUUUGCUGACUCUUCUGUCCUCCUCGGCUGGGUGCUUCUCUGCAGAGGGCGGAGUGUGCUAGGAUAGGCUGGAGGAGAGGCCAGAAUACAAAACUGACCCCCUCACUUAUGAGGGGAAACACCAAAAGGUUUUUAAUGUGCCAGAAGUGGCCCCUUUAGAAGAAAAAGCCAAGCAGAGUAAGUUGCAAGAGGGAGACUGCUUCUUGAGAAUACAAUGUGACGGACAACAGCAGGAGCAAGGUGUUUGAAAGAAGCCUGGGAGCAGCACCUGCAGGCGUCUUCUGGAGUAUUAAUCAGAACGACUCAAUCCUCGGGAAUUCUCAGCCGUGCUCUGUGCACUCUCAGUGGCUCAAGCGUAGAAGUGGACAGCUGUGUGGCAAUGGGAGACGAGAAGGGCAUGACACGAGUGCUCCUGGAAUGCAGUCUCAGUGACAAGUGGUGUAUUGUCCAGGAGAACCAGUAUGAAAUCAUCAUCAUCCCAGCCCUUCUGGUUGGCAUCUUCCUCAUCAUUCUUGGGGUCAUUUUGUGGCUUUUUAUCAGAGGAAAAAGAGCUCAACAACGGUCUCCUGGACUCCAAGGUGCUGCCCCUGUGCCCUCUAGGAGCCUAAAUGGGCAAGUAGGAGCAAAGGGAGGAGGCGUGCUCGUGCCGCUUAAGGAGACAUCAGUGGAAAGCCUUCUGAAAGCUUCCACGCAGGCCCUGGCUGAGCUGCAGGUGCCGCGGGAGCAGCUCUCCGAAGUUCUGGAGCAGAUCUACAAUGGUGGUUGCGGGGCCAUCUAUCGAACCAAGAUGCACACUGGGGACCCUGCUAAGUCCAAGGUUAUCGUCCUCAAGGCUUUAAAAGAACCAGCUGGGCUCCACGAGGUACAGGAUUUCUUAGGGCGAAUCCAAUUCCAUCAGUACCUGGGGAAGCAUCAGAACCUGGUGCAGCUGGACGGCUGCUGCACAGAACAAGAGCCGCUCUAUAUGGUGUUGGAGGAUGUGGCCCCGGGGGACCUGCUCAGCUUUCUCUGGACCUGCCGCCGGGAUGUGAUGACCACGGAUGGGCUUCUCUACGACAUCACGGAAAAACAAGUGUAUCACAUUGGGAAGCAGGUCCUCUCGGCUUUGGAAUUUCUUCAGGAUAAACAUCUGUUCCAUGGGGAUGUGGCAGCCCGCAAUAUUCUGAUCCAAUGUGACCUGACUGCUAAGCUCUGUGGACUGGGCCUGGCUUAUGAAGUCCACACCCAGGGGGCUAUCUCCCCUGCUCGCACCAUACCUCUCAAGUGGCUCGCCCCAGAACGGCUGCUGCUGAGGCCAGCUGGCAUCCAAGGAGACAUAUGGUCCUUUGGUAUCCUGCUUUAUGAAAUGGUGACACUAGGGGCACCACCGUAUCCUGAAGUCCCCCCUAUCAGCAUUCUGCAGCAUCUCCAAAGAGGGGAAGUCAUGAAGAGACCCAGUAGUUGCACACAUACCAUGUACAGUCUUAUGAAGUCCUGCUGGCGCUGGAAAGCGGACAGCCGCCCCUCUCUUAGAGAGCUCUGCUCCCGCGUAAACACUGCUGCUCAGACUGCGGAUGACAAAGUUGUGUUGCAAGUACCAGAGCUGGUGGUUCCCGAACUGUAUGCAGCUGUGGCAGGCAUCAGCGUGGAGAGCCUUUCCCACAGCUACAGCAUCCUUUGAAGAUCCGGGGGCACGAACAUUUAUGCAAGAUAAUUUACUCUAGGAACCAAUUCCUCUGAGAACAGAGGAUGGACUUUCCAGUGGGACGCAAAGGGAGAAGGGUCACGGGGAGCCUGGGUCUCCCCCUACACAUUUCCCUAGACAUGUGAAAUGAUGCUGGGUGAGACGCUACGCACCUGUAUCCUUUAGGUGGACAAAAUCCAGUUUCCUUUAUGCUGUCCCAGUCCUAAAGACUCAGGGUAGAAAUGGCACACAGUGGUGCUACAAAGGAGGUUCUAGAAACCUGCCAUUUUGGGGGGCCACGGCACAAACAAGCUGGCCCCUCUCACCACAGGCUAGUUUCCUCUUGAAGUAUGUUUUUUUCUAGACCAUUAUAAGGUCCAGGGAAAUUAGAAUUGAAUGAGGAAAUAGAAAGCCAAAAAGGGAGCUGAUGAGAAAGAAAAUGAAAGGUUCUGUUUGCUCAGAGAUAUAGAUGUGGACCAAGGUCAUCCUUCAGAGACAAGUUGGAGGAAAGACGUGACGUUCCGCGUAAUGGUCCCUUCGGGCAGGGCUGGAGGAGAACCACAAGGGGAAAUUUCCGAGUAUCCCCGGGGCGUAGGUAAGAGAAACAUGGUCCCCUUCUACCUAAUGCUGAGGCAGGUGAGCCCUGUUGAUGCUAUUUUUAACUAGAAGCUAGAGAGGGGACCUUAAUCAUUGUAUGAGUUAAUCAUUGUAUGAUUAAGAACAUUUCAACAUGUAUUUUUUUUUAAUCAGGCUGGCUUCCUGGUCCCUAUAAGACUAAGGAGACUGAGUCCAAUGAGGCUGAUGAUUAAUAUAUGGUGUGCAUUUAGUAAAUAGAAAAUGCGGAAGCCAAGCAAGAAUGCUUAGUAGGCCAGGAGGUGUUUAACAAGGCCUAGCAAAGGAUAUCUUAGAAAGGAUAGUAGCUUCCUAUUUUCAAUCAUCCAUUGAUGUACUGUGAAACUUAUUUCAUUAAAUUAAUAUUUAUUGAAUGAAAGUGGGUUUUCAGGUAUACAGCUGCUAAAAUCUCUACAGUAGCAAGGAUAAAAGUAAAUAAAUGGAAGUUAAUGUCGACAGAAAAAUUCAAGAGAUAAUCUACAUUGCCAGAAAAACAUAACAUGGGUGUAAUACUCAACCUCACAGGGUUGCUGUGAGGACUGAAUGAGAGUAUUUGUAUAGGAUCUGGCACAUAAUACGUGCUCAGUAAAUGUUAAUUUUUUUCCUCCUUCCUGUCCUAGAAUCUUUUAUGUCUUUUUUGUUUAAAAUCUAACUUGGCCAGGAAGGAAACCUUGGUCAUCAGUCCCAUAUACCUAAAGGCAAUGUUGUGGUUCAAGCGCCACGUGACUAAAAGGUUGAAGUCAUCAUUUUUAUGAGAGCUUCUGGAGGACGACAGUAGUCUCCUACUUUGCAAAAUACUGAAACUAUGAUGGUGGCAAUUCAGCUGACAUGUGAUCUGUGAUUUUAAAGACUGCUCGCUCGAGGCACUCUAGGAAGGACAUCUAAGCCUCCUGUAGGAAAGAUGACUGGCAGCUGAAUUAUUUUGUAGAAGUUAAGAUCCUGAUGGAGUCAUGAUGAGUCAUCCAACUAAAUAAUGAUUCUCACGCCCUCAGGAAUGCCACAGUGACUCGUCAGAAUUGAAAUGGAUGGUAAGCGGCCGCACAGUGAAGGGAGGUUGAGCGGCUUGGCACAAACUGAUAAAGCCUCAGGGGAUCUCAUCAUUGCUUCUAGGCUGUUCUUUGGAGUCAAAUUUACACAGUAUUUAUUUAUUGAAAUAUUUUUUUAAAGCUGAGUAUUAAGGACAACACUGCCAGAUAUUGUACUAGGUGUUGAAUACAAGAAAUAGCUUUUGAGCACAGUCUACAAAGUAAGACAUUAUGCACAUAUUUGUAUGAAUAUUUGCAAAUUACACAUUGUACUUAAGUGCUAUGAAGAAAAGUGUAAGCUAGUAGGAGGGAUUAUAAAACAGAGGGGCUGCCUGAGGAGAUGGCAUUUAAAGUGAGACCGUAGGGAUGCGUGAGUCAGCCUGGCAGACUGAGGAGAGACUUCCAGGACUACGUGUGUGGAAAUUCUGAGGCAAGAAACUGUAGAACUGACAAGAGGCAAGUGGGGUGGGAGCACAGUGAGGUAAGAGGAAAUUGGGACGUCAUGACAUUGUUCGUUCAUACCAUGUGUUAAUAUUUGCUUUUGGAAGGGGAAAAGAACCAGAUAAUUGCUAUAUUAAAUUUUUACCCAUGAUUUUGUUUUUCUGGAUUCAGGUCUGGAACACUGGAUACACUAAAUUAUUUAUUCUCAGAAAACUGCAUCUUGGACAUGGACGGUGGUGUGGGGAUUGACUGUGGAAGUGAGGGGCAGGCUGGGUGGAGGGGUGUAAAGGGGAAAAAUUGGGACAAUUGUAAUGGCAUAAAAAGUAAUAAAAUGUACACACACACCCACACACACUUAUAACAAAAAGAAAAUUAGGUCUUUUCCUCACUUUGCCAGGCUUUCUCCAAGAGGGAUAUUAUAUGUCUGGCAUCUUUGAUUUACCAGCUAUACCAGGUAUUUCCAGGAUUUGAUUUUUCUAUUAAGUGUAUAACCAGUUCUGGCACAUAGGAAAACCUGCUAUAAAGCUCAUUGUAUAAUGCUUUAUAAAUUUUAAAUCAUUUUACAUAUAUGUUAUUUUAUGCUCUCAACAAUUGUAUGAGCUUGGUCAAGUUGAUUGUAAUAUAUUCAUUUGGUUGAUGAACAAAUAAGCUUAGAGACAGUGACUUAAAGGAGGUUAGGUAGAGGUAAGUGUUGGGAAUGAUCCCAGGUCUUCGGACUGCCGUUCUUUUUACUGAAGCCCACUGAAGGCUAAAGGUCAUCAACAGACAAGUUCCCUCUGUACGUUGGUAAAAGAAGGAUAAUCAAGAGUGGGUGAAACAUAAACUUUCUGUAAAAGUUCA